UGUGAUACUGACAUUGAGUUUCGAAAUAUAACUCUUGUAUACAGUACAUAAUGGAAAGCACAAGAAAAAUAAUGAACUUUGCGAUGAACAAGAGCAAAAUAGUACCGCUAAUUGUUUUAUUACGAAGAAUGAGUGGCGGCAAGCCAUUUGAUCCACUUGCUGGUAUUCACGGGAAGAUAAAAAUAAUGAAACAGAACGAAUCGGAGAUUAACAUAGAAGAUUUGACUGCUGAUGAUACAAGCGAGUUAGAACCAGAUUUUAUGAAUGUUGGUGAAAGCCAUAAGGCUCAUGAAAGAGAAACACAAAGGCAGAAGGAAAUACUUAAGCAACAAAUUGUCAAACAAAAGUAUUUUCAAGAAAAAGAACCACGUUUUCUGACAUAUGCAGAAAAACAAUUAAUUUGUAAGCUACAUGAACAUAAACCUGAAGAAUGGACCAUAGAGAAACUCAGUCAAAGUUUUCCUGCUUUACCAGAAACAAUAAAGAAAAUUUUGAGUUCUAAGUGGUCACCAAAGUCUAUAAAAAGAGUUAUUGAAUAUGAUAAUGUAGCAGUUGAAAAUUGGAAAAAAUUUCAUCUGGGACAACUUGCAUUAAGUUCUGAAUUAAGUGAUCACCUGAAAAAAUUUAAAACUAGAAAGAUUAUCUUGACAGACAGAGAACAAUUGGCAAAACAAUUUGUUCAGCCCAAGCUAGAAUUCAAGAAACCAAAGAGCCAAUUAUUUUCUAGUUUUGUACAGUCUUAUCUAGAUAAAGAACAACAGACUAAAGCAAACUUAUUGUCACAAGAGAAUAGUCCAGACAAAGUAAUAGAUACAUCCACUUAUUCCAAUAAUAAUCAAGCAUUGAUAACAGAUAAGGCUGAUAAUAAUUAUAUUGCUGUCAGGAAUUCAGAAAUAGCUACAUCAAACAAGAAACAGAUAUUUCCAUUAACAUCUCACAUAGAAAAGGAACAUACAAUACUAUCUAAAGAAAAAAAGAAUCAAAAGAAGCCACUUACAUUUGAUGAGUUUGUAAAAGCAAACUUGGAAAAUAUACAAAAAGAAUCUCCAGAAGAAGGCAUCACUCUGUUGAACACGUACAGACAACAAAUGGAUGCUAGGCAAGAAAUGCAAACUGCAGAAGUUGUAUUCAGAGGAUCUAAUGAGGCAAUGAUUAGCACAGAAGAAAACACUUUAUCAAAAGAAGAUAUACAACAAUAUAACAAAAACAUAUCUAAACAGAAUAAUAAAAACACUGAUAUAACAACUGAUAAGUUAGAUUCAAGUAUCAAAGUAUGGAAUAAAAAAAUAGAUACAGAAUGUGACUAUGCUAAACCCAUAAAGAUUGCAAAGCAUCUCUACAAACCUGGCAAGACAUACCGAAUUAGUGAUUGUUAUUAUGACGACGACGGAGAGUUUUUAUAUCGAGUUCCUUGUAUAAAAAGUUAAAUUAUCUCAAGUUUAUAAAGUAAAAUUAUGGAUCCAUGUAAUGUAAUAUAAUAAAGAGAUAACAGUGUUUUUGUUUUAAUAUAGUAUAUUUGUGUAACUUAGUGUAUCCUAGAAUGCUUAUUUGACUUGAUUUUUAUGCGAUUCAUAAACUUUAAACAUCCGCCUGCUUCUGUCCAUGCUGGUCUACAAUUGUCCAACUUUUGGUUUUACCUACAAU